CUCGAUUGCCUCGGGCCCUUAAUGCCGUUAUGCCAUUGGUUGCGCCAGCCCAAAGAAAACCGUACACAGUGGAGGAGGUCUUGAAACACAACACCGCCGCAUCACUAUGGGUCAUCAUGAACCGAAAGGUGUAUGAUGUCACGGCUUUUCACAAAAAACAUCCCGGUGGGGCAGGUGUUCUUUUACAGAUGGGUGGCAAGGAUGCCACAGCGGCUGCAGCAGCUGCCCACAAGAGCAUUCUGCCAGCGAAUUUGAUGUGGGAGUUUUGCAUCGGCUAUAUCGUGAGGGUAAAGCCAGAUGAAACCAAAAAGAAGGAGGAACCAGUUGCCAAACCCGAGAAAGAGAAGGCAAAGAAAAAGAAGGGUGAUUCUGUUCACGGUCACAAGCACAACCAGGCUCAGCGAAAGUCACCGCCCUCUUUCAUUGAAGAUGUGGAGCGGAUGCUGUCGCGACCUGUGAUGGCGACCAGCAAGUCUUCGCAGGACCUGCCGUCUGGUCAAAACUCCAAGUCUUCUAUUCCGGCGAAUCCAGAGCCAGCCGUCGAUGAAGGGGAGAAGACGGACGGUGAGGGAAAGUUGGAGCGCACCUUCACCACCAUUAUGGAGGAGAUGGAAUCGGAAGUUGUGCCAUUGAACGAUGACGAUCCUUAUCCCAGAGAGAGGUUCUCUACACCCAGUGCUGGCAUCGGCCUGCUAUGCUUCUUGCAGGGCAACGUCUGCUGGAGUCGUGGCGAAGAGAGCUUAAAAGUGGGCCAGGUCGUGAACUGAGUCUGUUUGAGACCUGUCCAGUCACAUUGCCACGUUCGGCCACGCUUUCCUUUUACCCUUGCACGCUGAGUGUGACAAGGGCGGCCGAGAAUCAGACUCCCAAAUGAAACGGGCAGCUUUCCCAUGAGAUCCAAGAUAAAUGGAUCCAUGGAAUUUCUGAAUUUUGAGCAGUGCACAUCCAC